AAAAGAUACGAGUGCCGCGGCACUAAAAGUUGACUCGCGGGUCCGACUUUAUCAAAGUUGUCGGAGGAAUCGUCCGCCUGCUAUCGGGUCCGCACCGGUGUCGUCUGCUUCCCUGGCAGUUACCGUCCUACGAUUCUUGAGAAACGUUCGUCCCACUGCGGUCGCCAACCACUAAAUCGUCUUCAAUUUCGCUCUUUCUGAGUUCGAAUUUUCUACGCUCAGCAAGCUCUGAGUGAAAAAUUGAGGCAGCAUAUUCUAUUCUUUCUUGCACGAAAUCUUCGUCGAGUCCGUCCGUUGCCAUCUGCCGUUGGCAUUUUUUUCUGAUUCUGUCUUCUGGACCUGUAGUCCAGGAAGGUUUUCUUCCUCCCGUCCACUCGGUGAGCCUCCACUCUGUCCGGCUACAGACCUCUUAAGAUGGGCCGCGUUCGCCAAUUCCGUAACUUAUGCGGCAUCGACGAGGUGUCCGCCUCCAGCACCCUAUGGAAAUCGAUGGUCGCUGAAUACAUCGGCACCGCAGUCAUCGUCUUGAUCGGCUGCGGCUCGUGCAUCAACUGGGGCUCACCCACGAAGCCGCUGGGGGAAGCCACCAUGGUCCAGAUAGCCAUAGGCUUUGGCAUCACCGUGGCCACCAUGGCCCAAGCCGUGGGUCACGUCAGCGGAGCCCACUUGAACCCGGCCGUCACGAUGGGCAUGCUGUUCGUCGGCAAGGUGUCCAUCUUGAGGUCCUUCUUCUACAUCUGCAGCCAGCUGAUCGGCGGUAUCACGGGAGCCGCGAUCUUGAGAGCGGUGACUCCCGAUGCCCGUCACGGUGCGCUCGGAGGAACUGGCCUUGCCGAGGGAGUCACUCCGCUCAUGGGCCUGGCGGUCGAGGUAUGCAUCACCUUCAUCCUGGUGCUCACCGUGUUCUCCGUCUGCGACACCAACCGACUGGACGUCCAAGGGUCUGCACCGCUGGCCAUCGGACUCUCGGUGACCACGUGCCACGUCUUUGCGGUGCGCUACACCGGAGCCGGUAUGAACGUGGCAAGGUCGUUCGGGCCUGCCGUGAUGUCUGGCAUCUUUGAUGACCACUGGGUGUUCUGGGUGGGCCCGAUCCUGGGCGGCAUCAUCGCGGCCGUCAUCUACGAGAACGUGUUCCAGGCGCCGCCCAUCACGACCGAAGAGCUGGACAAGGCCCAGAUCACCGCCAUGGCCAAGCUGGCCAACAAGGAGGUGGUGGCCGACCGGACCACUUCCAUCUAAAUGCCGACGCGUGCCAACUGCGCGGGACCACACACGUCUUCAAUCAAUGGGAGCGCGGAGCCAACUGCGCCCGGCUGCAUUCGUCACUGCGAAGAAGGAACGCUCAACUUGCACGAAACCUUAGCGUAGAGACGCCGUAGACGUUUUUUGUGGGAACUUGUCGAGUAGCAUCAUUUACAGUUAGUACAGCGCCACCGGUAUGGUUCCGGUGGCGCCAUGACUUACCCAGCCUCAGGUCGCUUAAUUAUAUAGAUUAAGGCGGAGAACGUCGGCGGGGCGUCCUUUUUUUUUUUAACUUUACGGGACCUUGAACAAAUACGUUACCCGAAAAGCCAUGUCAGAUUAAUUGAGCCGAUCUGGACGUAGGCAACACAUUUUUCUUCGCUGCCAUGUGCAUCGAUGGAGUCUCCUUCUCUCGUGCUUCGAAGUUCCCUCGGCACGUGACAGAGACCCCAAACUUGUAAGGUGUAAGCCCAAGAGGGGGAACCCGCCUGUUCGAGGAAAAAGAAAACAACUGGCCAUUUUUCUACUUAGCAGUUCGAGAGGAUAACGCGCGCUCUCUGACCCCAGGCAAGCGAGCUGGUGUACCCUCCUUGGCUCCGGUGAGCUAGCGACCAUGACCUAGAUGGAGCUCCCCCCAAAAACCGCUACUUCUGAGAAAGGUAGAUUGCUACGCAACGCUCACUACAUCACCAACCGUCGCCAUCGUUUUGCUCAACCGUCUCGCCUCUACACAGUUCAUUUGCGAGACAUCAUCGAACAUCUUCAUAUCACCGUCGCAUCUCAGAGUUAAGCUCUCCACCUAGCUCGCUUUUGUUGAAACUCGCGUCGUACAUAGCCAUAAUAUAUAUAUCCGUAUAUAUAUACACAUAUAUACAAUAUGUAUAUAUGUAUCUGUCAGAUAUCAACUGUACAUAUCCUAAAGUUCCUAACGCGGGCGCUUUGCGUUUGACGAAUAUAUCACGCUUCAUUAAUGCAUAUCUUUACGGGUUCAUGUGAAUACUAACCAUUUAUACAAUAAACUGUGACGAAGA